AUGUCAAAGCGGCUGUUGGGCGCACCUCGACCACCUCGACCAAGUUACCGGACGGACGUUCGCCAGCUGCUGGAUCGUGAAUUCGCCGGCCUACCGAGCAGCGUGGUUUUCGAUUACAUCAACCAUACCGAUCGUAAAGUGGUAGAGAUGGCAGUCUACCUGAAUGCAAUAGAUGAUGCCGCUGGGGCCGCAUUCUCGUCCGACAGCGAAAGCGAAAGUGACGCUGACAGUUGCGACGACAGCAAUUUUGCCGACUACGAAGACUACGUGGUGAUGUUGUCGGAUGCCGGGUACAUUGGUGGAUUUUCGGACGCGUCGAACCUUUGA